AUGGCGAAAAAAGUGCCUAGUGAACCAAUAUUACCUGGCUUAACAGAAAAGCCAUCCCCACAAUUAAACUCAAAUAUAGAUUCAGCCGUUAUAGAUGAUGAUGAUGAUGAUAAUAACCAUAAUAAAAGCAAUGGCAAUGGGAAUGAAUUUUAUACAUCAUCAAAUGCAAGUAUAUCAUCAUUUAAUCAUUCGCCACAAUUAAUUAGAAGUGAUUCAACAGUAUCAAUCCCAUAUUUAGAUUUAUCAAAAUUAAUGUUUGCAAAUGAUUUUGAUUUUGGUUUAGAUUUAAAUAAUGUAAGUGAUUUAACUAAGAAACGAUUAAAUGUCAUGAAAAAUAAAACAAAAGAAAGGUUUAAUAUAUAUAAUAAGAAAGGAAAUGUUGAAUUAGAUAAAUUACAAGAUAUUUUGAAUCAAAGAUUAGUUAAAUUUGAUGAAAGAAUCCACAAGAAUUUAACAAGUUCAAGUACUGAAAAAUUAUUUUAUGCAUUGAGUGUUUUUAUUAUAGCUUGUGCAGGAUUUGUUAUUGGUAAAUACCCCAAUUAUUUCCCACAUUUUCAUACUGGAUUAUUUAUUGUUUUGAUGCCAAUUAGAUUUUAUACUUAUUUUAAACAAUCAUUUCAAUAUUAUUUAGCUGAUUUAUGUUAUUACGUUAAUUUAUUGUUGAUGUUAUUUAUAUGGGUAUUUCCACUGUCCCCUGAUUUAUUUGUUUCUGUAUUUUCAUUAUCUUUAGGUACUUUAUCAUGGGCAGUUAUAACUUGGAGAAAUUCCUUGGUUUUACAUUCAGUUGAAAAAACUACAUCUUCAUUCAUACAUGUAAUGCCACCAAUAACAAUGUUUGUAAUGGUUCAUGAAUUAAGUCCAGAAUAUAUUAAAGAAAGGUACCCUGGAAUAGCAGCCAUAUCAAAUUGGAAUUUUGCUACAUCAUUAAUUAUAACAUCAAUAUAUUAUACUAUAUGGCAAGUAACUUAUCAUUAUUUCAUUACAAUUAAAAGAAAAGAUCAAAUUGAAAAAGGUAAAGUAACAUCUUUCUCAUAUUUAAAAAAGAAAAACAAAUCAACACGUUUAGGAAAAUUCGUAAAUGGUUUACCAUACUUAUGGAUGCAAACAUUAGCAUUCACAUUAAUUCAAUUCGGUUAUCAAUUAUUAACAAUGUUACCGUGUCCAAUAUGGUUCAGAUACAAGCAUGCAUGUGGAGCAUUCGUAUGUUUUAUAUUCAUAUGGGCAAGUUAUAAUGGAGCUACUUGGUACAUAGACGUGUUUGGUAAAAGAUUGGAAAAAGAAGUUGAUAAACUUAAAAGAGAAGUUGGGAAAUUACAACAAGAAAAUGAGAAAUUACAAUUCUCGCCGGUGAAUAAACCUGUCAAUGGUACUGCUUCAAAUGGUGACGAAGAUGUGAAGAAUUAUGAUGAUUUAAAUGGUGGAUUGAAGGAGAACGAAGUUGAUAAGAGGAAAAAUAAUGAUGGUGAAGUUAAGAAAGAUGAAGCAGAUAUUCUGAAAGGUAAAAAUUCUGUUAAUGAAGAAAAGAUAUAG